AUGUCGCAGGUCCCUCAACAGCGGUUUGGUUGUUACAUUGGUAAUAUUGACCGCAGUGUGACGUUGGAGGUGCUUCGCCAGGUUUUCUCGCAGUGCGGUGUUAUCAUUGAUUGCUCCCUCAAUGGAAGAGAUGAGGAUCCGUACCGUUACGGCUUCAUCGACUUUGCUUCUGAGGAUGACCGUGCACGUGCGAUGAAGUACAAUGGAUUUACGCUGGCAGGAAGGAAGAUUAAGGUGGGGGUUAGUAAAGGCAACGUCGGGCGACCAGAGGGGUUCAACAACACAAGUAGCGGCAACAAUAACAACACGCAUAGUGGAGGCAACACAAAUACCAACAACAACAACCAACAGCCGCAGCAGAUGCAACAGCCACAACAGCCACAAAUUCCGCCGGUUUCUUUGGCAGCCAGCUUUCUUCCCACUGUAAUGCAUCAGCAACAACAGAGCGCGCAGCUUCUCAUGCAGCUGAUUCAGCAGGGCGCUAUAGACGUGAAUAACUUAACCCCCGAGCAGCAGCAAAUACUUAUGGCGAGUCUUCUUCCCCAAGCAGCACCACCAGCACCAGGAAUACCCGCGAUUCCACCAAUGGCACCUAUGGGAUAUCCGCCAAUGCAUCAGGCGUGGGGUGCCCCUCGUGCCGGCGCGGGUGGUGGCGCUGCUGGUAUUGGAGGUGUUGGUGUUGGUGUUGUCGGUGGCGGUGGUGGUGGUGGCAUGUACGCUGGUGGGGCGCCAAUAAACCGAGGAAUACCUUACAGUCGUGGUCCAGCAAACCCCAUGCCAUCCGAGGAGACGGUGAAGCUGCGGGAGGUGCAACGAAAGCAGUUUCUGGAUGUGGUGCGGCGUGAUGCGGAGAAAUAUGAGAAGAAGUUGCAGGAAAGGAGCGUGAAGGAGGGGAGGGUGGGGUCUGUUUCCGGCAGUGAUGAUAGUUCUGAAGAUGAAGAUGCCGAAAAAAGCCGCCGUACACAAGACAAGAGGAAUGAGGAUGAGAAAGAGGGCGAAAGGAAUACAAGGACGACAAACCGCGAUGACAGCAGUAGACACAAUCACCACCAAAACAACAACAACGAUAAGAACAACAACAGCGAUGAACAUACGACAGAGGUCGAGAAGAACAAUGAUACUGAUAAUAACAGUAAUAAUGAUAAUAACGAUGACAAUAAAGCCGAUGAUAAAAAGGAACCGGAAUGUGAAGAGGGGACGGAGGAGCAUAAAGGGUUGGAAGAAGUGAGGGAGGCUGAGUCACAGGAGGGAAAAGACGAUCGUGAAGAAAUUUAG